AUGGCGACAACGUCAGGAAGUUCCCGUCACGAUGGCGCCACGAUCAUUACGCAAACCGCCACAUUCGGCGAAGCCUCCUCAGUCACCAUGACGCUGCUCCCGGCGCACUCGGGGAAAUCGCCGCACGCAGAGGCUGUAGACCAAGAGGAGCGGCGCCGUUGCGGCGCUGACAGAAAGGAGCGCUCCGCGGAGUGUUCAGUGAGCAUCCCGGCGGCUCGAGGCCCCCCACCCGCCGCGGCCAGCGCCGCUACUGCCGGCGUGCCGCGCCGCGACGAGGUCGACCCUGUCUCCUGCUAUCCGCAGCGCGACUCGGCAUGGGCCGCGGCCCUCGCGGCGUGCAUCGCGCUGCUGAUCGUCCACGAGCUCGUCUCACCGCUCUUCGCGCUCCAUUGGCCAUUCCUCUUCUCCCUCGCCUUCUUCCUCCUUUGCGGCGUCUCCGCGUUCGCUUUCAUUGCCAUCUGGAUUCUGCUCGCUGUAGUCACCUCCGCCCUAGUGACCGUAUCAGCAAGGUUUGCGCUAGUAUGCACUGCUGCUGCUGACCUAUCUACUACGGGCAGCGGCAACAGCAGUGUGGAUGAUGGUGGAACCUUGAGUGCUCCUCAUGGUGCUGAUGCUGAUGCUGCCAGUGGCGCUGCUGACGGUACUGGUGCUGCCGAUGGUGUUGAUGCUGCGUCAACUGAAUCUGACGGGGCUGGGAAGCAGCAUGGCUGGUGGCAGCGGAUAGUGCAAGUGGCCAAGCAGGACAGCGAGGUCAUGUGUGCAUCGGUCGGCACUGCCAGUGCCAUCAGCUGUGCUGGCACCGCAACUCUCAUCCUUGCUGCGUUCGCCAGCAUGUCUGCAUACAGCUCUCUAGGUGCAGGCACAGCUGCUGCACUGGCCUCGGGUCUGGUUGCCUGGAUUGCGGCUCUUGCCUUGUGCUUCCUCUACUGUCUGGUUCUCCCCAACGCUGCUGCCGCCAAGCUCAGCUUCCUUCCCUCGUUACACAUCGCCCUCCGAGCUCUCUCUCGAGCCUUCCCAACCUUCCUGCUCCUCCUGGCUGUGUCACUCGUGCUGCUGCUUCCAGUAUCCGUACUAACAAUUCUGGUGGUCGGCUAUGGUGGGUCAGCUUUGGCGUUUGUGGCUGUCUGUGUCCUCGCCCCUCUGGUCCAAAUAUGGGGACCGUGGAACUUAAUUGCGCUGUUUGUAGUGGCAGUCAUAUUCUGCUUUGUCACUGGGGUGUUCUCUUCCAUUGUGCUAAGCCUUGUACUCAUUAUUGGUGUCUCCACUGUGCUCUCUUGGGAUCUUAGCUCCCAGGCGCAAACACUCUCGAGUGGACGAAGUGAGUUUCAUGCUUGCUUGAUUCCCUGA